AUGCCUCCUCCGUCAAAUCUCCGAGCGGACGUUGAGCCUCCCGACCAGGUCACGGAGGAAGGUAUCAAGGGAUUCCUGACCGGUGCAGUACGGUUCGGCUCCCUCUCCAUCCUCGCACAUAUGCUGCUCGUCCUCCCGCACCCCCUCCACUUCGCCAACCACAGUCCCGCCCCUCCAACCCGGUCUUCCCCUUCCUCCGCCUCCUCCUCAUUUCGCUCCCGCUUCCGCCGCGCGCCCAUCAAUCUCGCCAGCAUCUACGGCCCGCUCACAUCCCUCUCCCAGUCACUCGCGCCCAUAUCCAAAGUCUAUCGCGGCCUGACACCGCAGUUUAAAGUGUUUUUGCAGAUCGCGGCGAUGACGUUUGGCGGGUGUAUUUGGGCGGAGCGGAGGGUGCAGGAGUAUAUGGAGGUGAUGAGGAAGGUGAAGCGGGCAGAAAAGAGGAUGGAGAGGGAUUGA